AUGGUUAAGAUUGCAGUCUCUAAGGAGCCUCUCUCGAAAGCUGUCCUGUUUCGUACCUUUAUCAGUGACAAAAGUGAUGUGACAUUGCAUUUUUCAGAGGAAACCAUUCCUUUUGUUUGUGAAAUCUUCGUUUUUGUAAUGCAGGCAGGUGAAGCUGUAGGAGCUGGACUUUUACAGUGUUGUUCUGUCCCACUCCUUGCAAUGACUGUUCGAUCACCAAGUAUGUACAUGGACAAUAUCAUGAGGGGUGGCUGUUCAUCAGAAAAUCAUAGAUAUAGGUUGGUGGAGAUAUCUGUUUAUGUAAUAGUGGGUGACUGCAUCGCAGCGCACAAGGAAGGUGGUGGGAGGGAGGACUCCGAUGGGGCUGGGAUCACGUUGGAGCUGCACUUUGGGGUGCUGGGCUCACGCUGUUGGAAUUGGGCCCUUGCGUGGACUGGCCUGUCAGCUGCAUCGGGGUUUCCUCAGGCCUCCAGUUUGGAUGAGGAAGAGCCGCACAGUCCUGAAGUGCCAGCAGGAAGACCCAUGACUUGGAGUAGCCCAGCUGGCCUGGCUCAUGCAAGCAAAGACCUGGAAGAGCAGUUGCGGUCCGUGUCCAGCGUGGAUGAACUCAUGACAGUACUUUACCCAGAAUACUGGAAAAUGUUCAAAUGUCAACUGAGGAAAGGAGGUUGGCAGCACAACAGGGAACACUCCAGGUUUGACACAAGAUCAGAUGAUUCACUGAAAUUUGCUGCAGCACACUAUAAUGCAGAGAUCCUGAAAAGUAUUGAUACUGAAUGGAGAAAAACUCAGUGCAUGCCACGUGAAGUUUGCGUGGAUGUGGGAAAAGAGUUUGGAGCAACUACAAACACCUUCUUUAAACCCCCAUGUGUAUCCAUCUACAGAUGUGGAGGUUGCUGCAAUAGUGAAGGACUCCAGUGUAUGAAUAUCAGCACAAAUUACAUCAGCAAGACACUGUUUGAGAUUACAGUGCCACUCUCUCAUGGCCCCAAACCUGUGACUGUUAGUUUUGCCAAUCACACGUCCUGCCGAUGCAUGUCCAAGUUGGAUGUCUACAGACAAGUUCAUUCUAUCAUAAGACGUUCCUUGCCAGCAACACAAACUCAGUGCCAUGUGGCAAACAAGACCUGUCCAAAAAAUCAUAUCUGGAAUAAUCAAAUUUGCCGAUGUUUGGCACAACAUGAUUUUGGUUUCUCGUCUCACCCUGGGGACACGGACACAUCCGAAGGAUUCCAUAUUUGUGGGCCAAACAAGGAGCUGGAUGAAGAAACCUGUCAAUGUGUCUGCAAAGGGGGUGUGCGGCCCUCCAGCUGUGGACCUCACAAAGAAUUAGAUAGAACAUCAUGUCAGUGCAUGUGCAGAAACAAACUUCUCCCUGCUUCCUGUGGGCCCAACAAAGAAUUUGAUGAAGAUAAAUGCCAGUGUGUAUGUAAAAAAACCUGUCCAAAACAUCAGCCACUAAAUCCUGCAAAAUGCACCUGUGAAUGUACAGAAUCUCCCAAUAAAUGCUUCUUAAAAGGAAAAAGGUUCCACUACCAGACAUGCAGUUGUUACAGACCACCAUGUACAGUUCGAACGAAACGCUGUGAUGCUGGAUUUUAUUUCAGUGAAGAAGUGUGCCGCUGUGUACCCACAUACUGGAGAAGACCACUCAUGAAUUAGUGAAGGCAGCACUACUCACUAUUUUGGUGUACAUUUUUCCAUUAGAACAAACAAACGAACAGCAAAAACUUUGCUAAUAUUUGGAAUUAAAUGUUCACCAGAGACCCUGUGGGGCUUUCAGAGACAGAAACAUUGUGCUUUUCUCAAGAUGUGGAAAGCAAAUGAAGAAAAUAACUGGGGUUCAUGUUUUGUAACGAACUCAGUAAGGACUUAUUUUCUGCCAAUGACCAAACAGCCUAGGUUCUUCUUGUGAUUUUUUUUUUUUAAGAGAUAAUGACUAUAUAAUUUAUUUCCACUAAAAACAUUGUGCAGCAUUCCUGUUUAUAGCAGUAACAAUUGUUAAAGCUCACUGUGAUCAAUAUUUUUAUAUCAUGCAAAGUAUGUUUAAAAUAAAAUGAAAAUUGUAUUAUAUAAUGGUGAGAAUGUUUGAUCAACUCUACAGAAAAGAACUACAAUUCAGCUAUAGUAGUGAAGU